CAGCAUGGUAUGCGUACUGGCGAUGCAGAAACCAUGUAGCAGAAAGCUUUGAGCAGUUGUGGAUUAUCAGUUUCUCCCAACAGCAAUAAAAAGUGAAGAAUGAAGGCGACUGGAUUUAUUUCCCUAUGGACGUUGGUUUUGCUGCCUUGUGGCCAGUUAGCAAAUCCUGCAGAACAUGAAGAUGUAGUAAAGCAUGCAAUAAAGCUGCACCGUGGGAAAGGAGCUGUUAUCACUCAGAGGAAGCAGUGGGUGUUGGAGAGCUGCAGAAAACUGUCUGGUCUUCUUCGCCAAAAGAAUGUUGUUCUCAAUAAACUAAAAAAUGCUAUAAGAGCAGUUGAGAAGGAUGCAGGACUGUCAGAUGAAGAGAAACUUUUUCAGGUGCAUACCUUUGAAAUUUUCCAAAAGGAGCUAAAUGAAAGUGAAAAUUCGGUCUUUCAAGCAAUUCAUGGCCUCCAGAGAGCUCUACAGGGUGAUUACAAAGAUGUUGUAAAUAUGAAAGAAAGCAGUAGACAGAGACUGGAAGCCUUGAGAGAAGCUGCAAUUAAGGAAGAAAUGGAAUACGUUGAACUCUUAGCAGCAGAAAAACAUCAGGUUGAAGCCCUUAAGAACAUGCAGCAUCAAAACAAAAGCCUGUCAAUGCUUGAUGAAAUUCUAGAAGAUGUCAGGAAGGCAGCUGAUAGAUUGGAAGAGGAAAUAGAAGAGCAUGCCUUUGAUGACAACAAAUCCGUAAGAGGUGUAAACUUUGAAGCGGUUUUAAGGGUGGAAGAAGAUGAAGCCAACUCCAAAAGAAAUGCUUCAAAAAGAGAAGUAGAGGAUGACUUAGGUCUUAGUAUGCUUAUUGAUUCCCAGAACAAUCAGUAUAUCCUUACCAAGCCCAGAGAUUCAACCAUUCCUCGUGCUGACCAUCAUUUCAUAAAGGAUAUUGUGACAAUAGGAAUGUUGUCUUUGCCAUGUGGCUGGCUGUGCACAACAAUAGGAUUGCCAACCAUGUUUGGGUAUAUCAUCUGUGGAGUACUCUUAGGACCAUCAGGACUAAAUAGUAUCAAGUCUAUUGUACAGGUGGAGACGUUAGGAGAGUUUGGUGUAUUCUUCACUCUCUUUCUAGUUGGUCUGGAAUUUUCUCCUGAAAGAUUAAGAAAGGUAUGGAAAAUAUCUUUGCAAGGACCCUGCUACAUGACAGUUCUGAUGAUUGCCUUUGGUUUACUAUGGGGACACUUGCUCCAAAUUAGACCAACACAAAGUGUCUUCAUUUCCACUUGUUUAUCUUUAUCAAGCACGCCACUGGUGUCAAGAUUUCUUGCAGGUAGUGUUCGAGGAGAUAAAGAAGGGGAUAUUGACUACAGUAGCGUACUACUUGGCAUGUUGGUGAUGCAGGAUGUGCAGCUUGGUUUAUUUAUAGCUGUCAUGCCUACACUUAUUCAAGCAGGAGUGAGCACAUAUUCCAGCAUUUUCAAGGAAAUACUGAGAAUACUGAUACUGAUUGGCCAAAUCCUCUUUUCUCUGGCUGCUGUUUUUCUUGUAUGUCUUGUUAUAAAGACUUAUCUCAUAGGACCGUAUUAUCGCAAGUUGCAUGCAGAAAGCAAAGGGAAUAAAGAAAUCCUCAUUCUAGGAAUAACUGCAUUCAUCUUCCUUAUGUUAACGAUCACAGAGCUGUUGGAUGUUUCAAUGGAGCUGGGAUGCUUCUUAGCCGGAGCUCUGAUCUCUUCUCAGGGUCACAUGGUUACUGAGGAGAUUAUGUCCUGUAUUGAACCAAUACGUGACUUCCUUGCCAUCAUUUUCUUUGCAUCCAUAGGACUUCAUGUUUUCCCCACAUUUGUAAUAUAUGAACUCACGGUCUUACUAUUCCUUACAUUGUCUGUGGUCAUAAUGAAGUUUGUCUUGGCAGUGCUCGUCCUUUCUCUGAUUCUUCCAAAGACCAGCCAGUAUAUCAAGUGGAUUGUCUCAGCAGGACUGGCACAAGUCAGUGAAUUCUCUUUUGUUCUGGGAAGUAGAGCACGCAGAGCAGGGAUCAUAUCUCGGGAGGUCUAUCUUCUUAUUCUGAGUGUGACUACUCUAAGCCUUUUACUUGCCCCUGCCCUGUGGAGAGCUGCAAUUAUGAAAUGUGUUCCAAGACCUGAAAGACGCUCAAGUACUUGAUUAAGAUUUGCACAUAUACAAGAUACAUCUUCUUGCAAGGAAUAUCUUCAUUGCUCAUUGUAUUUCUAUGCACUGAGAAAACAAGAGGUUUUGAGUAGCCAGUCCUUUUAACGUGCACUUGGUUAUAAGCCUUAUACUGACCUUAAAACAAAACAAAAUUCAACAUUAAAAAAUAAUUACAUAGUUAGAAUUACACACCUUUUACAAAAUUUACUUUCUCUCUGACAGAUUAGAAUCUGUCAGAAUAUUUGUUCCUGAUUCAAUCAAUUAUUCAGAGCAUAAAUUAUUUUUUUUAAAUAUAGCAUCAUGCAAACU